AUGUUGAGCCUAGUCUCUGCAAAAACCACGCCCAAUGCCACACCACAGCACAUUUCCUUUCCCCAAAACGACAAUCACAUACAAAAAAAUGGCAAUAAAACUCCAUCUUCGCUACUAAAACGAACUCCAUCACCCUCUUUCUCCAAACCAAAAAUCAAACCUUCUAAAAAGACACUGCAAGAGCUAUGCGCCGAUGAGUCGUCUCUUGAUAACCCAGAUCUUGGUCCCUUUUUAUUAAAGCUUGCGAUAGAGACCGUUGCUUCUGGUGAUAACGAGAAUAAGGCCUUGGAUUAUGCCACCCGAGCGUCAACAUCGUUUGAGAUAUCCUCGGGUCCGGGUCUGGACCUGGCUUUGAGCUUGCAAGUGGAAGCGGCGAUCUAUUGCAGCCUGGGCCAAUUGGAGGAUGCAAUUCCGAUUCUAGAACGGUCUAUUGAGGCUCUGGAUCAUAAAAACGGGUCGGAUCAUGUGAUGGCGAAGUUUUCUGGGUUCAUGCAGCUUGGUGACACGUAUUCUACGCUAGGGCGAGUAGACCGAUCCAUAUCAUCUUAUGAGUCGGGUUUAAAGAUCCAAAUUGAGAGAUUCGGGGAUUUGGAUCCAAAAGUUGCUGAAACUUGCAGGUACUUAGCUGAGGCUUAUGUUCAAGCAAUGCGGUUUGAUGAGGCAGAAAAACUAUGCCAAAAGAGCCUUGAAAUUCACAGGAAGCAUAACGCGCCAGCAUCACUGGAAGAGGCAGGUGAUCGCCGGCUUAUGGCUCUUAUUUAUGAAGCAAAGGGGGACUAUGAAUCUGCGCUUGAGCACCUUGUUCUUGCUAGCAUGGUGAUGAUUGCAGCUGGUCGGGAAAAUGAAGUUUCUGCUAUUGAUGUUAGCAUUGGCAAUAUAUAUGUGUCCCUUUGUCGCUUUGACGAAGCCAUUUUUUCCUACCAAAAAGCCUUAACAGUCUUUAAAUCCACGAGGGGAGAUGAUCACUCUUCUGUCGCAGCAGUCUAUAUUCGCUUGGCAGAUGUGUAUUACAAGACAGGCAAGCUAAGAGACUCCAAAUCAUACUGUGAGAAUGCCCUGAGAAUACUUUCCAAGCCAGUGCCUGGAAUUGCAACUGAGGAGAUUGCUAAUGGGUUGACUGAAAUCUCAGCCAUCUAUGAAGCUUUAAAUAAGCAUGAGGAAGCGUUGAAGCUCUUGAACAUGGCAAUGAAGUUAUUGAAGGACACCCCAGGGCAGCGUAGCAUGAUUGCGGGGAUAGAAGCACAAAUGGGGGUGAUGUUUUACAAGAUUAGAAGGUAUGGAGAGGCUCGAAGCUCCUUUGAAAAUGCUGUAGCAAAACUCCGGGCCAGUGGGGAUACUAGAUCAGUCUUCUUUGGGAUCAUGUUAAACCAGAUGGGAUUGGCUAGUGUGCAACUGUACAGGAUAGAUGAGGCUGUUGAAUGUUUUGAAGAAGCUAAACAAAUUUUAGAGCAGGAAUGUGGCUCAUGUGACAUAGAUACCCUUGGAGUGUAUAGCAAUCUCGCAGCAACUUAUGAUGCUAUGGGGAGGGUAGAAGAUGCAACUGUGAUAUUGGAGUACAUACUCAGGUUGAGAGAAGAAAAACUCGGAACAGCAAAUCCAGAAGUUGCUGAUGAGAAGAGAAGGCUAGUCGUGCUAUUGAAGGAAGCAGGGAGGGCUAGGAUCAGGAAAGGCAAUUCUCUUGUAAAUCUCCUAGAUUCCAGCUCCUAG